UUGUUUCUCUCUUUCCUUUGACCUCCGCCAUAGAAGCCGCAGAUAAGCGGUUGGUUUUUUGAGCAACGCACACGGGAUUGUAUUUGCAAUUGAUUUUAUCAUGACUGCGAAGCUAAGAAAAGGGAUGCUGUUUGGCAUGGGAAACCCCCUUCUAGACAUAUCAGCAUCCGUGGAAAAUGAAUUUUUGCUGAAAUACUCAUUAAAGCCUAAUGAUGCUAUAUUGGCAGAUGAUAAGCAUGCCUCCUUAUACACAGAACUGAUUGAAAAAUACGACUGCAGUUACAUUGCUGGAGGGGCCACGCAGAAUACGCUCAGAGUGCUACAGUGGGUAGUGCAGAUGCCUGAGGUGACAACAUUCAUGGGCUGCAUUGGUAGAGACAAAUUUGGGGGAAUUCUGGAACAGAAAGCACGAGAAGCAGGCGUUAAUGUACGCUACCAGUACAGCGAUAAGUUCCCCACAGGGACAUGUGCUGUGCUUCUUACACAGAACGGGGCAGCAAGGUCUCUGUGUGCCAACUUAGCGGCAGCUAAUGCCUAUUCAGUAGAGCACCUUUGUAAGCCUGAAAACAAAGCACUAAUGGAAGAAGCAUCGUUUUACUACAUUUCAGGCUUUUUCCUGACAGUUAGCAUAGAAAGUAUCUUAACAGUGGCACAGCACGCUCAUGAGAAAGGCAAGGUGUUCUCGAUGAACUUGAGUGCGGCUUUCCUGUGUCGCCUCUUCAAGGACCAGAUGAUGCAGGCUUUUCCAUAUAUAGACUUAUUGUUUGGGAACGAGACGGAGGCACGAGAGUUUGCUGACGUGCACAACUUGGGGACACAUGACGUGACCGCAAUCGCGAAACUAGUCAGCAAGUUUCCAAAGAAGUCUGCUGUUCCAAGGACAGUGGUUUUUACGCAAGGUGCUGAUGAUGUAAUAGUCGUACAAGGGGAGGAGACGCACACAUUUCCAGUGCCAAAGCUCAAACCGGAGGAAAUCAUCGAUACCAAUGGCGCUGGGGACGCAUUUGUUGGAGGAUUUCUGGCUAUGUACCUGCUCGGGAAACCACUUGAGACGUGCGUCAGCUGUGGCAUCAAGGUCUCUGUCGAGGUCGUAAAGAAUUCUGGAUGCACCCUUUCUGACCGUGAGAGUGUGCAUGUGGUAUAGUUGAGCUGCAUUCAGAAACCAGUGGGACAGAACUGUUGAUUGUUGAUGGUGCCCACAGGCUCUAUUGUAACAUAAGGUAUUCUACCCCAGCUAUUAAAAGUUGAAUAUAGGUUUCGAUUACUGUACGAACCAGAAUGCCUGUCUUCAGCACGGCAAGACUGAAAACGCAUGGACUCUCUAUUUUUAUAUAUUUGUAUGGACCUCAUGUUCCUAUUUCCUCGUUUCUAUAUUACUGCCAGGAGAAAAUAAAGGUUGGAUACCUCCAUUA